AAAUCCAUGGUCUGUCCCUGAUACAGGUACUGGAUAUCUGCCUUCUUGUAUCUACAGUGAAACCUCUAUUGAGCAGACACCUUCGGGACCUUCCCAAGUGUCUGCUUAAUAGAGGGUGUCCGCUUAAUAGAGUUUGUAAAAAUUGUGCGAUGUUUUUGAUAAAGUUCCAAGGAACUUUUAGGUGAACUUUGAUGGCGGAUGACAAUCAUACGGCCGGAUAUCAGCCUAAUCUACACUUAAUUGACAGCUAAAUGAAUUGCUUUAUCCUUAUUAAUUGACUACAGUUCGUAUUUCAAGGGUGUAAUCCAAUGCUAGUAUUGUCAAUUCAGUCCGGUGUUUGUUUAAUAGAGGUUUUUAACAAUAGAAAUUAGCCAAGUACAUCGUGCGUCCGCUUAAUAGAGGUGUCCACUGAAUGGGGUUUGUUAUGAAGGGAAAUAUAAGAUGUUAAUUUUGGGACCCAGCUUAGUGUCCACUUAAUUGGGGGUCCGCUUAAAAGAGGUUUCACUGUAUUGUCAAACGGUGACAGCUCCCACCAUGGAAGUGUAAUUUUCUUCUUGUUCUGUUUUGAUUUUUAGUUACUUGGACAAACCAUGCAAGGAGACAUUGUUAAGAAUCAAAUUAUACAGGUGAUUACUUUUAUUCUGUGUGUUUCCGUUUAUGCCCUUUUGGCCAAGUAUGUGGUUGAGAUGUUGGGAUCAAGAAACUCUACCGGGAAGGGAUAGCAAAAUAAACUUUUUCUUAAUCCUUUAAGUCCCAAUAGUGACUAAUGUUAAUUUUCUCCUAACGAUAUCCAUACAAUGUCAAGAGAUUAGGUUAUGAGAAUUAAUAAAAUGAUCACCUAAGGGAAAAUGCCUUGAUCUUUUGUCAAAUUCUCUCAACUCAUUCAUGAAGGAAAUGUAUGGAGAUCAGUUUGGAGAAUUUGUAUGAAGAUAUUGGGGUUUAAAGGGUUAACAGAUGACCAAACCAUUUGAACAGGCUUUUGUUUACAAUAAAAUGGGUGACUAAUCGUUCAUUGAAUGAAUGACCUAGCUGUUUGAACAGGCUGAUGUUUCCAAUAAACAGGCAGCCGAGCUUUUCAAACAGAUGACCAAAGCUGUUCAAACUGAGGCAAAUAAUGUUCUUAACAGCUGACAAAUGGUUGGUAAACAGAAAGGUGUUUGAAAAUGGAUACCCAGUAGUGUAGGUUUUUGGGUGAAAGCUCUCAAAUCAAAAGCAUUGAGUGCAUGCUAUUGAAACUGGCCUUCAUUCUUUUAGUGAGAGUUUAGCCAGGUAUGGCAAGUCUCCAUAUCUGUACCCUCUGUAUGGCCUUGGUGAGCUACCUCAAGGAUUUGCAAGGCUGAGUGCAAUUUAUGGUGGAACAUACAUGUUGGAUAAGCCGGUGGAGGAGAUUGUUUAUGAUGAAAAUGGGCAAGUUUGUGGUGUCAAGUCACAGGGAGAAACUGCCAAGACCAAGAUGGUGAUUGCUGAUCCUUCAUAUUUCCCAGACAAAGUGAAAAAAGUUGGACAGGUAAAUAAAAUGUCAAAAUAAUAUAUUUUUAGCAGAACCCCAUAGUAUUACCUAAGAAAAUUUGGUAAUCUAUCCAUCUGAGAAAUUUCAGUUAUCAGGGUGCAAAGAAAGUCAGUUUUACAGCCUGCCAUUCGGGCAAGCUGUAGCUAGCAUGUACUAGCCCACAAGUCAUUUCAACUAGCCGCGAAACCCUUUUUGAUUAGCAGGAUUGAUUACAAUCCGUCUGUACUUUGAAUUUCCCAAAAAAAUUCACUUGCCUGUCGGGCAAGUUAAGAACAGAAUCCACUAGCCCAAAACCAAAAUCCGCUAGCCCCGGGCCAUCGGAUACAACUUUCUUUGCACGCUAAGUUAUCACGUGACUGUCCGCCUGUCCACCCUUCCGCACCACAGGGGAGCCAAUGUGAAUUUUCAAACUUUCUAACUAAUGUGGGGGCCUGUAACCUGGGUUAAAGGUUGAUAAUAGACAUCCAUUAUUAUGGUCAAUUGACAGCUGUCAAAAUAGGGUAUCUGCUGAGCAGAGUCACAUGACCGUAUUGCGGGUUCAGGUGCCAACUCAUUGAGGUCACAUGUUUUUUGAAGUUUUUUGACAAGAAGUUGUUAGUUUUUAAUUGAUGGCAAGCUCAGUCAUGUUACCAUUACGAAUCACCUUGUACAACAUAAUACAUGAUCACAAUUAAGAUGUUAUGCAAAGUCUCAAAUGUGAGAACCUCUUUUCUAACUUAUACAUUUUUCCAUAAUGUUUUAUUUGAAGGUGGUUCGUUGCAUAUGUAUAAUGGACCAUCCUGUUCCAAACCUUCCUGUUAAAGAUCAAACAUCAUGCCAAAUAAUCAUCCCUCAAAGUGCUGUGGAUAGGAAAUCAGGUACUGUUUUGAAUUUUCUUGUUCCAUCAUCAUGAAAUUAUUACGGGUGACAAGAGGAGCCCACAAUCCUAAUCUCCAGGUUGUUAUUAUGCAUACGUCGCAUGUAUGUAGACAGCAAUCGUUUGGACUUCCACUAAGAAUGAAUGGAAUGCACAAAAUGCAAUUUGAUCAUGCACGUUUCGACCUUCUACCCCGCGUUAUCUGAUCACGCAUGUUUUGACUAUCUGUCAAGUGAAACGUACCCAAAAGCACAGCGUUGGAGCAAAAGUGUUUGACUGCGUUUGGACGUCCAAUCGUUGUUGCCCACACUCGAUAACCUUUGGUUGUUACUAGUUGUAAUAAAUAAUUCAGGUAAACUUCCGCUUAUAAGCUUUGGACUUAUACAACGUUGUAAGGAGUUUUUUAGCCCGCAAAGGCAGAUGUAUUUUCGUUGUCACUUCUCUCUACCUGAAAGGGAAAUCUGUCUGCUGCACAGGCUAGUGUUAGAAGGCAAGGAGUUUUAUGAGGGCUUAAAAACUUACGCAAGGUUCUGAUUUGAUGGGGAAAGCUUUGGCAUCGCAGAUAGGUGGUGGCAGCAGCUAAUGGGAGGUAAUCGUUUACGAGAAGUGGUCACCCAUGAAGGUUCAGCGCCAUUAGAAGUUGUUCCAGCUGUGGUACAGUAAAAUGCCACAAAGAAGUACCUAAAUUUUUUGAAGUUUGGCAAAAUAGAUUUUUAUAGUUUGGAGUACUUAUUGGAAGUUUAGGCUAAAUAGGUUCCUAAUUAGGUUCUUAAUUUUUAUGAAGAAGGAUACUGUUGCUGAUUACAAGAAAUUGCUAUCAAUGGUAUUGGUCCUUCAUAAUAUGCAUUUAUUUGCCAAAAAUCUAACAAAACUAGGUUAACAGUUAUGCAGUUUUCAACAGUCGUUGUAAACAUUAUACAUUUAUUAUAUAAUGUAAUAUAAAUUUCCCAUAUUAAAGCCAGACUUUUGGUCAAAAUGUUUAUGAAAAUGUAGUCUAACCCCACAUAUAAGAACCUGUUGAUUUUGUUGGCUAAACUGGUUCUUAUAUUUUGGAGUUUUAAAAUGACAAAUUUCUGCCAGCAGGUUCUUAAAUCCUAGCUUCUUCGCAGCAGCAUUUUAAUUACUGUAUCAAUCAGUUACUGUGUUGUCUGGUCAUGGCUAUAAUGAUUUGUGGCAGAAUCAUGGUUAUGUUUCUGUUUGUGGUUGUUAAUAAGGACUUAUAAAAUUGAGGCUUUUUAUUUGUUUGUUUUUUUAAUGUACUUUUUCAGAUAUCUACGUUUGCGUUGUAUCAUUCACACAUAAUGUUGCUGCAAAAGGCUUCUACAUAGCCAUUGUGAGCACAAAGGUUGAGACCAGUAAUCCUUUACAAGAACUCAAACCUGGACUGGAUCUCCUUGGAGAAGUUAAAGAAAAGUGAGUAGAUUUUCCAAGAAUAGAUAAAAUUAACUGGAAUUUGUAAGUAGUAAUGUUGCGAGUAAUGUUGUGUUGUAAGUAUAAUGCUGCUGGUAGUAAAACAUCAUCUGAGAAACAAUGGACUGAAAUACACACUCUGCUAAUAGGCCAGUCUGGAUAUAUUAACAUCCAUACUUGGCUACGUACGAGGCUCUGGGAAAUAAAACGAAAGAAAUGAAUACUAUUAUUUAUUGCUGAGCAUCAAGAGGAUUUUUUUUUCCUGUAAGCCUCCUAUGUCCUUCUAUUGGGUCAGUUAAUGGUUGUAGGAUAAAGUACUACAACAGAGUCCUACAAUGUAGAGUUCUUUGUGAUUUGGGUCUUUAUUGGGCAGUUUACAGCCUGCCAUACAAAAACAACUUAAAACUGUUUGCGCAUACCACAAUUUGCGAAACUUAGCACAAUUAGACGUGGCAAACAUAAACACCGAAAAAGCAACAGGACACCCAAGGCGAUCUACAGACAUGUUAGUGAGCUGCUCACCUGGGGGCUUGCACCAAUAAAAAAUUAAUAGAUAAAAUAGGAUAGGAUUUUAGACUUGAAAGCACGUGCCAGCAUGGUGUUACUGGUGAUUUGUGGAGCUAGAAAUGACGUAAUAUUAAUAAGAAAGUUGAGGGAGUCAAACUACUGGCGACACUUUGCCCUCUGAUCAGGCUGAUAAAAUAAUUAGCCAACAUUUUGCAACGCCAAUACUGGUUUCACCAUGAAAUGACACCUGAGGAAAGGGCACAGAAACUCCAUACUGAUGAUGCAUCACCACCCAGAUCUGUGCUUCUGAUUGGUCAUGGCUCGAGGAAGGUUUGCAUCAACCCAUCAGAAGUACUAGCCAGAUCCUGGCUAGUGACAUGUCAUCAGUAUGGAGUUUCUGCAUUUGUUUGGCAGCGAAACUUGGAAGGAGAUUGUCCAAUCACAACAUUAUUUCUGAAAUUUAAAGUUUCUCAAGUUUUGUUCGCAAAGGGACCAAUAACUUUGAGGGCUGUUUCUUGAGAGCUCUCAUAAAUUCAAACGGUUUUAAAGCUUUCAGUGGUUUCAAAGUUGAAUUCUUGAAUUUUAUUGGUCCAUAGGCAAAAAAACUUGAGAAUCUUUUGUUUUCAGAAAAAAAGUUGUGAGUGGACAAUCUUCUUCCAAGUGUCUCGGUUUGAGUGUCCGCACUGUAAUAGUGUCCAAGUGUCUUGGUUUGAGUGUCAAAACUGAAAUACUCUCCUAGUGUCUCAGUUUGAGUGUCCGCACUGUAAUAGUGUCCAAGUGUCUUGGUUUGAGUGUCCACUCUGUAGUAGUGUCCAAGUGUCUUGGUUUGAGUGUCUGCACUGUAAUAGUGUCCAAGUGUCUUGGUUUGAGUGUCCGCACUGUGAUAGUGUCCAAGUGUCUUGGUUUGAGUGUCUGCACUGUAAUAGAGUCCAAGUGUCUCGGUUUGAGUGUCCACACUGACACUAGAUGAUCUUUAUAAAUUUUGUGGUUAGCAGUGUUAAAGUGCAAGAAUAAAGUGAAGCAAAACAAAUGACUAUAAGUCUAUUUGGUUAAAAAUUGCGAUUGCUUUUGAUGGUAUGUACUGUUUACUAAAGAAGAUUUUAAUUUUUUUGUCUCCUUUCAGAUUCGUAUCAGUGAAGGACACUUUGGUUCCAACUGAUGAAGGAGAAAAGUCAAAGGUUAGUUCUUAAGGGCUGUUUACAUGGAGGGGGAUCCGAAAGUGUUAGCUACCCUUAUGGAUCCUGUAGAAAGUUUGAGGACAUGAAGAAGCCUUGCUUUCAUUAGAAAAAUAUUGGGGUCGUGUGGUCUCUAUACCGAAUUAUUUAGGAGUCCUUUUUUGACAAUAAUCACAAUACCUUGGUAUUAAAAUGUGAAUAACACAACCUCCGAAAACCGUAUUUAAGCUAUUAGAAAACCUCCCAACAUUUCAGACAAAUGAACGGUUAUCUAGGAAUUUUUAGCUUUUCUCAAGCUUUAGAAAUUUCAAGGCAAUAUUUGCUCCUUCGAACAGUUAUUUUACAGAAACAAGUCGCUGGGUGUCCCUGAGAGGUUGGACGGUAUAUUUUUCUCUUUUGUAUGCCGAAUGACGCACGUGAAUUCUCUAAAAUGUUAUUGAAUGUUGAUUAAAAUGCUAGAAAAAGAACGUUAUGGAAUGUGAUUUAAGCACAAUGUUCGUUUUUUCUCGCUAAUGAAUGUACCUUCGCGUUAUCUGCCACCAUUUUACGAAGCUGAAUGCGUGUUGUCUCGUAAUUAACAGAGAAAGGUAUAGUACGUUUAUUAGUGAUACACUUACCAUAAGGACAAUAUUGUUAGCCAAUGUUAACCAAUGUGAAUUGUACCCAGGUUUUUAUCACAACUACAUAUGAUGCCACCACCCACUUCCAGACUACUUGUUCCGACAUAUUGGAUGUUUAUAAGCGAUGUACUGNGUUGUCUCGUAAUUAACAGAGAAAGGUAUAGUACGUUUAUUAGUGAUACACUUACCAUAAGGACAAUAUUGUUAGCCAAUGUUAACCAAUGUGAAUUGUACCCAGGUUUUUAUCACAACUACAUAUGAUGCCACCACCCACUUCCAGACUACUUGUUCCGACAUAUUGGAUGUUUAUAAGCGAUGUACUGGAGAAGACGUUGACUUCUCUAAAGUCCAACAAGACGUAACAACGGUCGGUGAACAAUGA